AUGGUGAACAAAAAUGAACGCCCGGACGUGUCAACAGGCCAAGGCGGCAAUUACACAAUUGCAACUGAUCCACCAAAAGUUUGGGUUCCAUUGGAGUUUGAUGACAACAUCUCAAAGGCCCAUCAAUUUGUUGAAGACGUCAAGGAGAAACUCGAUAACGUCAGCGCGUUAGAAGAUCCCGGUCUCACUGUUAUUGACAACAACUCCAGCGAGCAAGAUGUCAUCAAACUGUUCAACCUCUUUAUCAUGUACCCGGUCGAGAUUGCUCUGCUGCAGAUUGAACUACCAGAGCAUUUCAAGCUGAAAAUCCGCUGCGAGGUGCAUCCUGACAAGGGGCGUGCAGUUCGCGUAGAUAUAAUUCUCGAAGCUUGCAGCACCUCGAGCUCCCUAGGUAUCAAGACCCUCGCCAUCAUGGAGAUGAAGAAUUUCGGUGUCAUUACGGACGAGAUGGGCCGCAUCAUGGAUUGCUGCAGCUUCCUGGGCUGUCUGAGCUCUCAGGACGUCAUGUGCUUUCUGGGCUCGAUCUUUCGCAUUGAUGAGCAGGCUGGCCAACCAGUCAGCAUCUAA